AACAAGUGGUUGCGAAUGUGGGUGAUAAUGCCGCCUUGCUAUAAUGUAUCUCGGUCUGUGUGCAGCGGAAGGUCACGAGUUAGAAGUUAAGACGUCGCAUUCCUGGCGAGGCCAUCUUUGACUUUCAAAACACACGUGACAAACUAUGCACGCACUCCAAGGUGCAUUGGCUUUUCUGUUGUGGGCUAAAUGAAGUCAAUUAAUAGAACGUCCCUCAAUAUUAUGUUUCCUAAUGUUGAAAACAGUUAAAAUGUAAAUAAAAGUAAACUUCUAAGAAGUAUAUCUAGAGAAUACUGAAAACAAAGCUUGCAUUAAAAGGCAAAUAAUAAUGUCGGAAAAUGAGGCAGCUGUAGAAGACUGCCUCGAUCUAAGUCUAAUAGAAGAACAAUUCUGCCAAAGAAUUAAAGAAAUUCGUGAUGAAAGGGAAGAUGUACAAAAGAAAACUUUUACAAAAUGGAUUAAUUCUCAACUUGUUAAGACUAACCAACCAUUAAUCAAAGAUUUAUUUGAAGAUUUAAGAGAUGGAACUUGUUUAUUAUCAUUGUUAGAAAUAUUAUGUCAAAAAGAACUGCCAAGGGAGAAAGGGCGCUUAAAAUUGCAUCAUCUUAAUAAUGUUGGACGUGCCUUAAAAGUACUUGAAGAAAACAAUGUAAAACUUGUCAACAUAAGUACCAAUGAUAUUGUUGAUGGAAAUCCAAAGCUCACAUUAGGUUUAGUUUGGAGUAUCAUUUUACAUUGGCAGGUUCAUGGAAUAUUAAGAAGUGUAGCUCAUGAAAGCCAACAAACUAAUCUUGAAAAAACUCUUUUAGCGUGGUGCAGAGAUGCAACUAAAGGGUAUGCUGGAGUUGAUAUUCGCAAUUUCACAACAAGUUGGAGUGAUGGACUUGCAUUUAAUGCAAUUAUCCAUCAUUUUCGACCUCACACUUUUGAAUAUGAAUCACUAUUACGAAAAGAUGCAAAUUUUCGACUUGAACAUGCCUUCAGUUGUGCACAUAAAUUUUUAGGAAUUGAAAGGUUACUUGAUCCUGAAGAUGUAAAUACUUCCCGUCCUGAUAAAAAGUCUGUGAUGAUGUAUGUGAUGUGUUUUUUCCAAGCUCUUCCUCAUCAUAACAUUCCAUUGAGAAGAUUACAUUCAAGUGAAGUGUCAGAUUCUGAAGUUUCUGAAGGUGAACAUGGUCACACUACAGGCAUUAAUGAUGUAGCUGCUUAUCAAAACACAUUAGAAGAAGUUCUUACCUGGUUACUUGGUGCAGAAGAAAGACUUAAUCAAGAAGGCCCAAUAAAGGGCAGUGUUGAAGAAAUCAAACAGUUAUUUCAUAUUCAUGAAGAAUUUAUGUUAGAACUCACUCAGUAUCAAAUUGGAAUUGGAGAAGUCCUACAAAAAGGAAAUACUUUAGUCAGCCAAGGUAAAGUGAGUUUUGAUGAACAAGAAGAAAUACAAAUGCAAAUUGAACUUUUAAAUAGCAGAUGGGAAGAUCUUCGUUUGAAAGCUAUGGAUCGUCAAAGCAAGUUAGUUGAAUAUUUAAUAUCAUUAUUCAUCGAUGUCAUAUUAACUAGCAGAGACAUGCAUAAAAUCCAGAAAGAUGUAGAACAACAACAAGAAGUUGUUAAUUCACUUUCUAAUAUGGUGGUUGUGGUAGAUGAAAAUUGUACAGAUAAUGUUUAUGCAGCAUUAGAAGAUCAAUUAGCAGCCUUAGGAGAAAGAUGGGCUCAUGUUUGUCGUUGGGUAGAAGAAAGAAGUAAUAAACUUCAAUCAAUUACACCUGCUUGGCAACAAUUAGAAGAAGAAGAAUCAUGUUUUGUUCAGUGGUUGCAAUGUAAAGAACAGCAGUUAUGUGAUAUGGAACAUUCAAAUUCUUCUGAUUCAUCUGUAAUUCUUGAUCAUGUAAAACAGCUGCAAAGUAUUGAAAAGGAUAUGGAUAUUCAACACAAACUUCUUAAUCAGAUAACAGAAAGAGCUCAACGAAUUAUGGCAAAUUUAGAAAGUGGUUGCUUAGCUGUGAUGGAAAUAACUCAUAAAUUAGAAAAAUUAGCCCAUCGUUGGGAUAAUUUAAUACAACAAAUGGAAAAUUUAAGUAAAAAAUAUGCAAGACAUGAAGCAACACGUGAUCUUGAAACAAUGAAAACUAUUUCAGUCAUCAAUCAAUACAGAAAACAUGUAUCAAAUAAACAUGAAGAUAAUUUAAGUUUCCUAUCAUCACAUGAAGGUGGAGCAAAAAAACGACGUUUAGACAGUCUUCGUGUUAAAGAGUGGCAGCAUAAUCUGGAAACUUUGACACAAUGGUUUGAUAAAAUUGAAGAAACCUUAGGUGUAACAGAAGAGGAACAGAAUCAUUUUCUGUGGGAUAAGUUUCCUAUUGAUGAGCAACAAUUAUUAUUACAGAAUAUUGAAAAAGAAAUAACCUCUCAUGAAGAAGAAGUGGAAAUGGUUUUGAAACAAGGAAGACAAGUUAUUGAUGAUUUGAAAUCUGUGAGAGAAGAAACUGGGACUGUACAUAGUGUAAUACAAGAAAUUGAAAAAAGAUGGAAAGAUCUUCAGAAUGCUGUUUUUAAACAACAACAACUAAUAGAGAAAAGCAUGGAAAUAAAAAGAUUGCAAAAUGAAUUAAAAAUUUUACAACAAUUUUUAAAUUCUCAUUCAAAUUGGAUAGAAUCCAAUAAACAUAUCAUUCAUUCUUCACAAUCUGAAGAGUUAAGAAGAUUUAUGGAACAAUGCAAGUUAAGACUUCAUUCAAUUAAAAAUCAAGAAGAAAAAGUUGCCAGUUUACAAGAUGAAUCAAGAAAUCUUCAAAUGCAUUCAAUUACUACCUCAUCAGACUUAUUUAAAGAAGUGGAACAAUUUAUUCUGCAAUGGGAGUCAGUUACUAAAAGUUUAUGUAUGUAUUGUUUACUAUUAAAAGAGAUUCAAACAACAGUUAUUGAAGAAGAAGCAAACCUUCAAGAUGUAAACUGCACUGCUGAACAACUACUACAGAGUGAAGAUGGAGCAAUUUGGGUUUCAGAUAUGGAAAAGAAACUACAUAAUUUAAAUGAACGUUGGUCAAAUGUUACUUCUUUAAUUGAGGAAAUUCAAGGAAAAUUAGAGACUACAAUUUUCCAGUUGAAACAAUUACAGGAAGAAAUGGAUGGAUUGUCAAGUUGGAUGGAAGAAGUUACUGUAUUUUUAAAUGCAGAGGAUGCUGCUCUUGGUAAUAUUGAAACAUUACAAGCACAAUUGGAACAGAGCACUGCUUUACAAGAUGAUAUCAAAACACUGCAACCAAAUUUGGAUAGCAUUAAUUCAUCUGGGAAAGAAUUAUUGAAAAAUGCAGAAACAGAGUAUGGAACUAAAUUAAGAAAGCAGCUUUCUGAGUUGAAUUGCAAUUGGGAAAAGAUAGUAAAGCUGGCACAUGAAAAAAAUCAGACUUUACAAGAUGCAUUAAACAGAAGUCAAAAUAUACUUAUAAGAAUUAAAGAAUUUUCUGAAUGGGUUAUUAAUGCAGAAAAAGAGCUCCAUCAAGAUUCAGUGGUAAAGACUUCAAUUGAAUUGCAGCAAAAAGUUAAAAAGUUGCAGAAUUUUAAAGAAAAACUGGAAACAAAAAAUUCCAUUUAUCAGCAAUUAUCUGAUGUUGUUGAAAGUAUUUCAAAAUCAUCAACUAAUAAUUCAGAAGAAAUGAUUGCAGAAUUUUCAAAUUUAAAAAAGAAGUGGAAUGAUAUAAUGAAAAAAGCUCAGGAAUUUUAUCAAAAAUAUAAACAAGCAUCAUCUAAAUAUGCAGAAUUUCAUAAUCUAAUGAUGACAGAAAGAGAUUGGUUAGAAAGAUUAGAAAAGAAAUUGAAACGAUCUCCUGAAUCUGCUGCUGAUGCAGAAGAAAUGUCCGAAAAUUUAGAUGAUUUGGAGAAUUAUUUAAGACAUCAUCCACCAGAUAGGAUACCAAGAAUUCAAAAUCUUGGUCAGUUUCUGAUAGAUCAAAGUAUUAUGACUGAUUACAUUAAAGAAGAGCUUCAAAAAGUCAAUCAUAAAUGGAAAGAACUAACUUUAAGGGGCCAUGAACGUCAACAAGUUUUAGAAAACAGUAUUGUUCAAGCACAACAGUGUGAAAGGAAAAUUUUAAAUCUUCAAGGAUGGAUUUCUCAUAUUGAUACUGUACUUCAGAAUCGUUUAGAUAAUGAUAUUUCAGCUCAAGAUGUUCCAGAAGAAGUUUCUCAAUUACAAAUAGAGUUUGCUGAUAAGGAAAAUGAUAUUAAAGAUUUGAAUGAACAUAUCAAACAUUAUGAGACACAGGGUCGUACAGAAGCAGCGUCACGUUUAGAAGAACAACUUACUCUUAUUAAGGAACAAUAUGAAGAAAUUUUAUCACAGUUUAAAAGAUUUCAAAAACCAUCAGAUUUUGAUUCUAAGUUAAGUAGAGUAAUAAAAAUGCUUGAUGAAAUAGAGCAAGGAUUGCAUAUCAUGGAAGUAACUUGUCAUGAAUCUGCUGCCAUUCAAGAUCAGUUGGAACAAUGUAUGCACUUUUAUAAACUACUUAGUGAUAUAAAAAUGGAAGUAGAAUUAUCUAUUCAUCAAGGACGACAAAUCGUAGAAAAGAAUCAAACUGAUAAUCCAAAAGAAUUGAAUCAGAAGUUAGAUCAUUUGAAAAGUCAUUAUAAUCAGCUUGGAGCAAAGGUAACAGAAAAUAAAUCCAAAUUAGAAACUGCUCUACAAACCAGUAAGAAGCUUGAAACAGAAAUUACAGAAUUAGAAGAGUUACUAGAUUCAAUAGAAAGUGAAUUAUUAAAUGAGAAAAGAAAAAAAAAUUGCCCAGUUGACAAAAAUAUU